CCCGGACUCCGAGCCCGGCCCGCCCGGCCGCGCGGGUCGAGGGUCUGCUCUGUGGGCGCGCACGCGGGGCCGGCGCCGAGAGGGAGCCAGAGCAUGCGGGGAGCGGCGCGGGUGGCCGGGGGGCGCGCGGGGCAGCGGUGGGCACGACCCCGCGUCCCGGGUCCCGGCCCGCCGCUGGCCGUGCCGCUGGCCGUGCUGCUGGCCGUGCUGCUGGGCGGCGCGGGCGCGCAGUACUCGAGCGACCUGUGCAGCUGGAAGGGGAGCGGGCUGACACACGAGGCCCACCGGAAGGAGGUGGAGCAGGUGUACCUCCGCUGCUCCUCGGGCGCCGUGGAGUGGAUGUACCCGACCGGAGCUCUCAUCGUCAACCUGCGGCCCAACACCUUCACGGCCACCCGGCACCUGACUCUGUGCAUCAAGCCCCUCAAGGACUCCUCGGGGGCCAAUAUUUAUUUGGAAAAAACUGGAGAGCUGAAACUCCUGGUGCGGGAUGGGGACCACGGGCCCGGCCAGGUGCGCUGCUUCGGCUUCGAGCAGGCCGGCCUGUUCGUGGAGGCGACGCCCCAGCAGGACAUCGGCAGGAGGAUCACAGGCUUCCAGUACGAGCUGAGCAGCCGGCGGGCCGGCUCGGACCUGCACACUCUGUCGGCCCCCUGCCGCCCUUGCAGCGACACAGAAGUGCUCUUGGCAGUCUGCACCAGUGACUUCGUGGUUCGAGGCGCCAUCCAGGCCGUCACCCACGACCCGGAGCGGCAGGAGUCGGCCAUCCACCUGCAGGUGAGCCGGCUCUACCGGCAGAAGAGCAGCGUCUUCCGCCCCGCGCCCGAGGGCGGCUGGCGGGGCCGCGUCACCACGCUGCUGGAAUGCGGCGUGAGGCCCGGGCGUGGCGAGUUCCUCUUCUCAGGCCACAUGCACUUUGGGGAGGCCCGGCUUGGCUGCGCCCCGCGCUUCGAGGACUUCCAAAGGAUGUACAGGGACGCGGAGGCGAGGGGGCUGAACCCCUGCGAGAUGGGUGUGGAGUGACCGCGGGACGGGUGACCGCCGAGUCGGACCGCUUGAGGUCCCUGCCAAGGACACCCUGACCCAUUAGAAAUGCUGUAAAAUGCAAACUAAGUUAUUAUAUUUUUUUUAAAAAAGAAGUGUCCAAUGGAA